AUGGACCCUUCCCAAAUCUAUUCAUCGCUGAGACUUUCGGCACAUCAGUUUCGUCUUGUCCAUCUCCUUCCUGGUCAAGAAAGUAGCGAAAUCCAGUGUACUUUGAAGAGCGACUAUCUCUUAUCACAUACUGUCGAGAGAUACACGGCAUUGUCGUACGAGUGGGGGGAUUCAAAAGCGUCGAAGCUAGAGAUCAAGCUUGAAGGGCAAUCAUUUCUUAUUACUCAGAAUCUUUGGUCAGCAUUGAAGUGCCUGCGAGGCACCGAGACGAUGCAAACAUUUUGGAUUGACGCUAUCUGCAUAAAUCAGGAUGACAAAAACGAGAGGAAUCACCAAGUUGAGCUUAUGAGCUUGAUAUACAGUACGGCUAGUCGUGUGUUAGUCUGGCUAGGUCAGGAAUGUGCGGAGAUCCAGGCAGCGUUUUCCUUUUUCCAGAACAUCUGGGACACAAAACUUCGAAACUUCGCCGAGAAAGGUAUCUUAUAUAUUGACCACAACACGAACAUGUACCAAUCAAUUAUCCUAACACAAGGUCAGGCGCAGUAUUUUCGGUUCAGAUGGAGUGACGAAUCCCUCGUAGAAGAAAACUCGGAGAUUCAGACAGCACUAUAUUGGUCCAGGUUCCAAAUCAUUUUAGAGAACCUUGCAUUCUUUGGGCAGAAAGAUCCCUCUUUAAAAAUCGCUUGGAAAGGACUAGCAUCUCUGACAAGCCGAUCUUACUGGACCAGAAUCUGGAUUGUCCAAGAGUACCUACUAGCACAAAAGGUUGAUUUUUAUUGUGGACGAAUCACAAUAGAUGGUACUAUCAUCGACACUAUUAUAUCACAUCUCGCCGCUCUGAAGGAUGAGAAACUUACAGAUUUACCAUCCUGGCUCACUGAACCUCUUCAGCGCAUCCGCGCCAGCCCGGCAACGAGAAUUUGUACGAGUCGGCUCCAACAGAAAAGCAAACGGCCGACUCUUCUGGAACUUCUGGUUGCGUGUAAAGAUAGCAAGUCAUCCGAACCACGCGACAGACUUUAUGCUCUUCUCGGAUUAGCAAGCGAUGUUCAAGAGGACUCGAUUGUUAUCGACUACAACCGGCCGAUCUUCAAAAUACAAAUGGACGUUUUAUGGUUCUUCUGUUGUAAGCAGGAUUUUCGGCCAGCUGAUACUUCUCGAAUAUGCACGUUGCUAGAGGAAACACUUGGCUAUGGACGGGAUAAUUUCGAAAUGGAUCGUUCGUACAUCAGCUCUAAGCGCACAACGGACACUAUCACACUUCCAAACUUUGGGGCGGCAAAGAUAUCUCAAACUUACAGAUUCGUCGAGUGUCUUGAGCCUUCGAUUAGCUAUUACGCGAAGAAACUGUCAUCUUUUGAGACAAUCAUGGCAAUGGCAAGUUGGACUACAGCCGAGGAUUCUGAAUCAACUGAGUUAGCACUUAAAAUUUACGACGAAAAUAGCGUAAAUCAGCGUUAA